AUCACUCGAAGUUUUAGAUGUAGCAAGUAAAAGUAAAACAAGUAUGGAAAGGUGGUGACCUGCAUCGAUUAGGGUCGAAAAAUACAACUGAACUAGCCCUCGGCCUGCAGUGUAGUGAAUCUCCUAAGAGCUAGAAGAAGAGCAGCAGGCUUUCAUUCACGCCGCAUAUCCUUUCUACUACUAAGCUACUCCAUCUAAGUACUUAGUACAAAUUAUAACCAUAUACGACCCAAGAUAGCAGCAACCAUACUCAUCAUCACAGGCCUUGCUAAUUGAAAGCUUGUUUGUAAAUGUGGCUGCUUUGUGGUUCUCUAAUAUUAUUACUGUGCCCGCCGUAAAAAUAUAAUAUGAUGUCCUCUCGGUCCAGGUCCUCGUGGCUAAUUUUGCCUUCUCUUGCCCUGACCCAAGACAUUUUCUUGGCAGUGUCUUUUGCUGAAAGUCUAUCUCUGCGCGGUCCGUUGCUGCAAGGCUCAACCGCAUCAAGUAGAACUGCAGAGGAAAGGGCGCCGUCGGUUGUUGAUGGCUUGCAUCCAAGUGUACACUAUGGUCGUCGUCAACAACGUGUAGACUUCUAUGGUCGUCAACAUUAAGGCUUCCCCUAAUGCUCCACCUUCGGAGGAGCAUCCUCUUCCUCGGAAGGCUUUUCAACGGGAAGAAGCGCCUAGGAUGCCUCCCGAGAUGGAUUAGGGCGAGCUUUAUUAUCGUCAUUUGCGAAGUAGAGACGUCGACACGUUCUACAACAGCGGAAUCACGCCCACAUCGAUAGGAGAUGCUCUCGCAGCUGGUCUCGACUGGUUUCACCUACAGGAAGGGUUGCGUGCACUAGGCGGCUUAAGUCCUUACCCUUUCGUCGUGGAGAGUAGUUCUUUGGGGAGUAAUUUAGACGCAUCAAUAGAAAGAAAUGAUGAGAGUGGUCUGUUGGUAGAAGGCACAUCGAAACGAGGACGCUCGCAUUCAACAGAAAGGUGUACACAAACAUUACAGGUCUCCUCUGGAAGUUUCUUGUCAGAAAGACUUUCUUCAGGAGGUAGUUCUUCGUCUUCAUCUUCGACUGCCACACCUACAUCCACGAGUGACACACCUACAUCCAACAUUACAUCCACCAUCCACGCACCUGCAUUCACCAUCAACACACCUGCAUCCACCAUCCACACACCUGCAUCCACCAUCCACGCACCUACAACACACACUCGUGCACUGAUGCACGGCAACGACGAGACGCAUGCACUGAGCAGCAGUGCCGUGAUGAACGAAGAUUUGGGUACUAAGAUGUCGGUCGUGGGAGGCAGGGCUCGCUCAGUGUCGGUUGGAGGCAGUGAUCGUCCAGUGAACAGAGAUCCGCUGCUGGCUGCAACUAGAAGUAGACGUCUGUCCGCCAAUUCCGUGAGGAGGAGAGCACGUGCGAAUGCCGGAGACCGAGUUUCUACUGCACGACCUGGAGAACUGCAUCAAGGAGUUUUAAGGGUAGGUUAAAGGUGCUUUUCUUACCGCUUUUUAUGCCUCUCCUAAGGCAGAAAGGCAUAACCAUAACAAGCGGGGUAAGCGAGCACCAAAAGCCUACCUCUAAGAGCUGCAGGGAAGUGCCGCGACUCGGGAAACGCGGAAGAAGUACAACAAAAACAAGACAUAGACUUAUGGUCAACAUUUAGUGUCCAUCAUUCUCGGCAUCUUGGUCCUCUUUUCCCUUGUAUUCUCGUGAAAUACAAGGUAAAAGGGGUCAAGAUGAGGGGGCCGAGAUGCAACCUAGCAGACUCUAAUAGACGGCGAAGAAGUACUUCAACGACGUCGUGAAUAUCUCGAGAGCAUGGGUAGGGCGUUAGACCUAGUCUUUUUGUGUGAGGGAGAGGCAGUUGCGGAGCUUCUGCGUGCGAGCGAUGACGACCUAAGCGCGUUACUGCAAACACGAAACUGGGCACGAACUGAUGGAGCAGAACCUACUGAAGCUGAACAGAUACCCCUGCAUCAAGCAUUAUGAAUUAAGUCCUUGUUGGUCUCUUGCUCGAUGCAGAGUCCUUGUCACUACAACUAGAAGUAGAGACGCACCUGAUGAUCUUACUCGAUUGAUACAACAUAGGCACGCGCCACAAGAGGUGAAAAUUAUUAAAGGUUCAUUGAUGAUUAUUUUACAUCCAUUGACUCCCGUUGUAGCUAGUAUCUCACUAGCUCACUCACUACUAAUCUGAUGUGUCUUCUCAUCGCGAACACGAUGACCCCUACUGUUUUCUAAAUCUGGUUCAGAAUUCUUCUCGAGAGGCCUUCCGACCGUCGCAUUGCCAAAAGCGACACCCGAACUUUCGUGAACACUUGCGACGUGCGCUUUUUCAGAUUCAUGAUAGUUAAGCGACGAUAAUGUUCUCACUAAUUCUCACCCCUCAAAAAUCCCCGUCAUUUGUAUAGAUACUUGGAAUCAACAAAACAAGCCUCUAGUUAUCACUGUUUCUUAAGUGGAUAGUUCAGAAACGAGUUGGACUUGAUAAUGGAUGAUCCGGCACAUAAGUAUACAGGAAAACUCGGCAUGGAUAUUUAAUUUAGUGUAGGAACAAUUCGCUGCUCUAAGAUAGGUGGCGCAUGCGUGCCGAGGACCGUGCUGGGCGGCGCAGGGAGGCUCUUAUGCUCCUUCUAUCAUGGUAUAGCUGAAGUUCGUAGUACGAGUCAGUCCCCCUGACAGUCAGUUCGGGAACAGAGGCGACAUGACAGGACACAGUCUAAGUACCUCACUGAGGAUAGCAUUUAAGUACUCAUUUUAUUAACUGAAGCGUAAUAUACUUAGAGGAAGGAGUCUCUAAUUUGUUCGAGGAUACGAGGCACCAUCCGGGUGACAAUUUUGAUGAUGCACGAAUACGCGAGCGGACACCACCGGGGUUGCGCGCGCCGGAAUGGGGUCUUCCUCUUCACGACGAUGAAAGCCGAUUCUACACGUCAUCACCGGGCUUUUCCUACCCGAUUGUCUCCGAUCAGGCGUCCUUGGCAGAAUGGUUCUAUCAUGUGUGCGGAGGCAUCGUACCUUAUGACUACUUACCGUAUUAAUAUAAUCUCUAGGAUUUAUAACCGGUUAAUUAUUUUCCCCCAUAUUUAUCCUGGCUUAGUCCCUCCAAUCAAUGUAUGUCCCACCAGACCUACAUACUGCCUUUAACGAUUGUGGACUGGUGUUGGUUUCAUGACUAGUGCCAUCCAUGCAGUCUAAGUAGAUUUUCACAAGUAGAUCGACCAGAAGGAAAAAAGUUUUUACCUCUACGAACCUAGGCUUAUCCCGCGCAACAAUAUACUGAAGAUGUUUUGACGAGUCAGGAGGAGACUCGCUAGACAUACUCAUGUGUAUGAGUAUGUGACCAGCACCAGCAGAACAACAUCUACAACAAGAGUACACCAAACUUCCAAAGUACUGCAAUGAAUAAACUUCUAAUUUACUGAGAUCUUCUGAUUUACUGAGAUCCUCUACUCGUACAAAGAUUUCAAGAUGAAGAUGAGUAGACUCACGUUCAUGUUGGGUUCGCCUUCAUUUGAAACAUCUCGGAGUUUUGGACUACCGAGAAUUGAGGGCGAGACCGCAGCAACCACCGCCGCAUGAAAGCCACUUGCCGCUCUGGCGGACAAACCGCAAUCAAGAUAAUUUCAGAGAAGACUGCGUUUUUAUGUAACUACAACGACUAAGGCUGCAGCGAGCUUUCGGUUUCCUGUAAAAAUAACAAGGGUUCGGAAUACUGAUCAGGGCAACUCAUCAUGACCUGUAAAAAUACGGGUGCUUGCAGCCCUGUGCGGAUAAGUAUGAUUUUUGAGAAUAAAGUGAGGUUGAGCUACAGAUUCUAUUUUGCAGAUCCUAUAGGAGGGUCAAGGGUGGAAGGUGAAGACGACCAGGCGACCGAUUUCGACGUUCGAUUAGAGAUUAUAGAGUGUUAAGCUUAAGUUACAACACAUGACAUGACGUAAGUCGCUUAUUUUUUCAUCAUAAGCGUUUUUUGUUUGUAAAAUGCAUUUUGCGUUGAAGUGCCAGACUUCUUGGACAUUUAUUUUGAAAUUUUGUGAAACAGUUUUUGCUCCUUCUUGAAUCGGUGAUUGCCUGUUUGUAGACAAGUGGACAACAUCAGCGGGUUUGCAGUGGCUACUCACUCUCUGACUAUUCUCGAUGGACUAUAAUCGACGCGAUGAAAAAUGCCAUUAUAGACGCGUCUCCUUCUCGUGUGGGCAAGCACAUCUUGUUGUCAUUGCUCUUUCUCCAUAUGGGUUCUCCGUUCG